CAAUCGCUCUCAGCUCUACCUCCGCAACCUCCACCCCAAGCCGCAAUGCCUCUCACAAUGAUCUCAUCAUGUCCGUCUCAAUUAAGGCGAGACGUCAAUUGUUUUCUACGUUAAGUAAACUGCAGCAUGAAAACCCGUUGGGUCUACCGCGCUCCGGCGCACCUCCUCAAAUCCCGCGCAUGCAGCGAGGACUGCCCCAGAAAAGGAACAUCAAAGAUGUAAAGAAGAUAAUCGCUGUCUCAUCUGCAAAAGGUGGAGUAGGCAAGAGCACCAUCUCUGUGAACCUGGCUCUCAGCUUCGCGCGACAGGGCUAUAAAGCGGGAAUCCUUGACACCGACAUUUUCGGACCAUCCAUACCGACCUUGAUGAAUCUUUCUGGCGAACCCAGGCUCUCCGCUAAUAAUCAGUUAAUACCGCUCUCCAACUAUGGCCUCAAAAGCAUGUCCAUGGGCUACCUCAUUCCCGAGUCUUCACCCGUAGCGUGGCGCGGCUUGAUGGUCAUGAAAGCCCUCCAGCAACUACUCCACGAAGUCGAAUGGGGCGGUCUGGACAUCCUAGUUCUAGAUCUGCCCCCCGGUACAGGCGAUGUCCAGCUCACUAUCACUCAGCAGCUGAGCUUAGAUGGUGCCGUGAUCGUCUCCACUCCACAAGACCUGUCUCUCAAAGACGCAGUCAAAGGCGUCGAGCUCUUCAGGAAAGUAGACACAAAGCUGCUCGGCCUCGUGUGCAACAUGAGUGGGUUUAAAUGUACGGGCUGCGGAGAAAUGCAUAACAUCUUUGGGGACAUGGGAAAGAUCCGCGAGACGUGCCAGAAGUACGAUCUGGGACUCUUAGGGGAGAUUCCGCUACACGCUAGUAUCUGUGAAGACGCAGACCGCGGAAUGCCUACGGUGGUAGCGGAACCCGAUGGCGAGAGGGCGAGGCUUUUUGGAAGCAUCGCAAAGGAAGUGGGGGCAUUAAUAGGUUUGGAGAAGUGA